UAUAGAUCUAAUCUUUAUGGCAUAUUAUCAAACUCUUAACUAAAAGAUGAAAUGGUCUGUGGUCUGGAUAAAAUCCUUACAACUUUCGAUAUUAGAGGGUUUAUAUAUAGACUUCUAGAUCUAAAUUCCACACUAUUAAAUAGACAAAUGAUUUAACUACAGGUAUUGAGGUAACAGAUGACAGAGCAAAAAAGCUAACCAUUACACAUACACAAGGCUGGCAGACCAGAGACAUGGCUACAAGCAUUAAAGAUAUUGUAUUGUCAAACAAAAGAUUAAAUGAAAUUUUAGACAUUGCUAAUGACUGGUCUUUAUGUCAUGGGAUCAGUAUUUUAGAUUCAGGAGAUGCUGAGAAUGAUGGUAAGAAAGCAAUCACUGCACCAUUCAGUCUUUUCCCAAGUGUUGUUCCAGCUCAAAUUCUACGACAGGCCCAAAAGUCAAUGAAACAUUUCAAUCUGCUCAUGCAUAAAGUUGCCUUGGACCAUUCCUUUCUUGAGAACUCUUUAAAGAAUGUUAUUCAAGCUGAUGAUUUCAUGAAACAUUUAUGGGAUAUUUAUUUACAAGUGAGAGAAGUAGGAAUCAAACAGCCUUUCCAUUUUGGACUCUUUAGAAAUGACUUCAUGAUGAAUUGCUUGAAGCCAAUCUCUGCUGGUGAUCUAGUUACAGCUGAUCAAUUGGAGCUCAAGCAAAUAGAAUUUAAUGCCAUUUCUUCAAGCUUUGCUGGACUUACAGAACAAAUCAGUCAAUUACACAGGCUUACGCUUAGAAUGGUUGGCAAAAAGUUUGAAUCUCAGCAGCUGCCAGAGAAUAAAGCUGCAACUGGGUUUGCUGAGGGUUUGGCAAAGGCUUGGGAACUUUAUGGUAAUGCUAAUGCAGUUAUCCUGUAUAUAGUCAGUAGUAAUGAAAGAAAUGUGAUAGACCAGCGGUGGUUAGAGUUUCAACUCUAUGAAACACAUCCACAUAUCACAGUGCUCAGGAAAACUUUCUUGGAUAUCAACAACUUAGGAGUCUUAGACGGUAACAGUGUACUCACAGUAAAUGGCAUGGAAGUAGCUGUUGUUUAUUUGAGAGAUGGCUACACAGCUGAAAAUUACUCAUCAGAAGAGGAAUGGAAUGGACGCUUGAAGCUAGAACUAUCUACCGCCAUAAAAUGCCCCUCAAUACAAUACCAACUGAUGGGUUCUAAAAAGAUCCAACAAGAACUAGCUAGGCCAGGGGCUGUGGAAAGGUUUAUAUCUGAUGCAAGUGUGGUUGAGGAUUUGAGACGGACAUUUGCUGACCUCUAUAGUUUAGAUCUGGGUCCUGAAGGCGAUGAAGCUGUAGAGAAAGCACUGGCUUCACCUGAGAAAUUUGUUCUUAAACCACAGAGAGAAGGCGGAGGACAUAAUCUCUACUCAGAGGACAUUACAAAGUUUUUCACCUUGCAUAGAAACUCCAAACAGAGAGAAGGUUACAUUCUGAUGCAAAGAAUUUUCCCAUGGCAACAGAAGAACUACCUGGUCAAGAGAGGAGUUCCCUUUCAACUUUCUGAUGUAGUUAGUGAAUUAGGAAUCUAUGGGGUUUACAUUGGAUCUACUGAGCAAGAAAUUGCCAACUACCAGUGUGGUCAUAUGAUGAGAACUAAAAUAACAGGGACAGAUGAAGGUGGUGUGGUAGCUGGGUUUGCAGUGCUAGACACACCAUUUGUGAUAGACUAAGUGAACACGUACACAUUACGGCCACUAUAUAAUGAAAAAACUUGAUGUAACAAAUAACACGUCUGACCAAUUUUUAUAACAGUGCCCAGCAAUCAGGUUCAUUUAUUUUUUUCUUCACUUUUUAUUAUUGUUCAUCUUUUAUCAGGAAAUAAUCAUAGGAGAAUGUGGCAGUCUUUAUGAGACUAGGUCAAGAUUAAAAUAGAUUCAAUUUGUCCCUGUUGAUCCAGCUUUUUCUUGUUUUUUUCAACCCUAAUGUUUUAUCCUCUCACUGCUUGUUCAUUGUGCAUUACUGAAGUUUAAUCUGUAUCUUAUUUGAUAUGUUGAGAGAUGUUUGUGUGUUUCUGGAGUAGACAAAAUCGAAUCGUUUUGAUGUAAUAGAAUUUCAAAUUAUUUGGAUGUAAUUGAUGAAUCAAUAUUUUAAAUUUGUUGACCACCAUCAUUUGAUCUACAUGUUAUUCCUCUACAUUUUUCUGCCAGUUAGAGUCUGUCCUGCCAAGUUCCUUUCGUCUCACUAAUACACAAUAAUAUUUUCACUUUACUCUUUUUUUUACAGCAAAUUUUAUUUUUUUAGCUUUGGGCAUUACUAUUUAUUUAUUUUAUUGUUUGAAAAUUGUUGAUGAAAAUGAUGAAUAUUUUUAUUCUCAAAUAAUUUUGGAUAUAAUUUUGGAUGAAAAUAGGAUUACUCUAAAAGGACUAUCAUGAAAUUAAGCAGCUAAAACUUUUUAAAAAGUUACUUUUAAAUUGUUUUUGAAUAAAAAUUAUAAAUUCUGUAUUGGUUGGCUAAAAGUUAGAAAGAUAUGCUACUGGCAUUGCUUCUCCAAAAAGAUUGUUAUGGUUUACUAUUUUGAAGGAGUUUUAAUGAUGUGCAUCACAUCUUAUACAGAAACUGGUUGUAAAAGACCCUCUAGCUGUAAUGUUACUAUUGAUUUUUUUGUUACACAGGGUAUUGUAAAAUAUUUGGAAUAGGUCAUUUAGUUUUUUAUUAAAUGAAAUUAAAUUCAAUUUAAUCCAGAUUUUAUUAUACAUAUUUUUUGGUAUUGAAAAUAUUUUCAAUUUUAUUGCAAUAUUUACAUUUUAUUCAACUUAUGAUUUUUUUUUGUUCUUUGGGAAAACUGUGAAUAUAUUUAUGACAUUAUAAUUAUGAUAAAUAAAAAGAAUAUAUAUUUAUAAUGUAAUGUUA